AUGGAAAACCAUACAACAGUGACUGUGUUUAUCUUAGUAGGAUUGACAGAGAACCCCAAAUUGAAGAUUGUGCUGUUUAUCUUUCUGCUUCUCACUUACUUGCUAAGCAUCUCAGGCAACCUGACCAUCAUCACCCUCACCCUGCUGGACUCUCACCUGAAGACUCCUAUGUAUUUCUUCCUUAGAAAUUUUUCCUUCUUAGAAAUUUCUUAUACAACAGUCUGUAUCCCCAAAUUGCUUGUUAGCAUGGCAACUGGUGACAAAACCAUUUCCUGUAACUGUUGUGCAGCUCAGUUGUUUUUUGCCUUCCUUCUGGGAGCAUCUGAAUUUUAUCUCCUGGCUGUCAUGUCCUAUGAUCGUUACGUUGCCAUCUGUAAGCCUCUGCAUUAUACAACCAUCAUGAGCACCAAAGUCUGCAUCCAGCUGGUUCUUAGUUCUUGGAUUGCUGGUUUCCUCAUCAUUUUUCCAGGACUCAUCUUAGGCCUAAACCUGGAAUUCUGUGACUCCAAUAUUAUUGAUCAUUUUUACUGCGACACUGCUCCUCUACUGCAAAUCUCCUGUACAGACACGCAUCUGUUAGAAAUGAUGAGUUUUGUCUUAGCUUUGGUGACUCUCCUGGUCACUCUGGUAUUAGUAAUUCUGUCAUACACAUAUAUUGCCCUAACAGUUUUAAAAAUCCCUUCUGCCAACCAGAGAAAAAAGGCGUUUUCCACUUGUUCUUCUCAUAUGAUUGUCAUCUCCCUCUCCUACGGCAGCUGCAUCUUUAUGUACAUUAAACCCUCAGCCAAACAGAGGAUAUCCCUAAUGAAGGGAGUUUCAGUGCUCAAUACCUCAGUUGCCCCACUUUUGAACCCCUUCAUUUAUACUUUAAGAAACCAGCAGGUGAAGCAAUCAUUUAAGAAUUUGCUACAGAGAGUUCUGUCUUUAUCUAAGAGGUAGAAUAAUAAUGAGGCAUAUGAGAGAAA